CCCCCCCCCCUUGGCAUGGAGAUCCUUAUUAUCUUGUUCUUUUCGAGACCGCAAGAGCCUGUGGAUGGGGGGAAGAAGAAGGAGAAAAGGGGGGGCGGCGGCGGGAACUCCUCUGGAGAACUUGAAGCUGCUCUACCCAGGGAAAUCCCGGCCCUCCUGCUGGUUGAAUCGAACCCCCGGAAAUUCAAAUCCCUGCAACAUGUUCUGGGUCUGGGGAAAAGAGGUGUCGGGAGGGGGAAAGGCCUGCUUUGCAAACAAAGCGGGGAGCUGAGAGGGAUUCUGCGGGCGCCUGGCCUGACGGGGUUCCUGUCUUUCUCCUCCCCCUUUUUUCUUCCCCCAGGAGAGGACGCCAGCCCCGGUGCCCCCCCUGCGGCCUCUGCCACCACCGCCUCUUUGGGCAGCUGCCACCCCCCCCCUCGGCGCCCGCUGGGGGCUCCCCUCACCCACAUCGGAGGCACGGCUGAGGAGAAGGAAGCACCGCCAAUGGCGACAUCACCCAGGUCCUCCCUGAGUGGUUCUAAUAAUUCUGGGCUUUUGAACACCCAGCCCCAGCCCAAGUUGAGUGCGGGUGGCGGAAAUCGAAACCAGGCCCUGCGGAUCCUGAAGCGCAGGCCUGCCCCAGGGAAGCGAUACCAAUGCUCGGGGGACGGGUGCCGGCUGGCCUGCCGCAGCAUGAAAGAGCUCCUGGACCACAUGCGGCUCCACUACCGACCCACCCAGUCUCUGGAGGGAAAGACCUUUCAUUGCUCCACACUAGGCUGCGCAGAAUCGUUCCCCAACAUGCAAAGCCUGAUGGGACACAUGAAGGCCCAUUACAAGCUCAACCGCUACUUCAAAUGUGAGAACUGCACCUCGCGCUUCCGGACGCACCGCUCCCUCUUCAAGCACCUGCACAGCUGCUCCGACCCAGCCACGGCCACCCCGCCACCGCCGCCGGCCCUCGCGGCCGACAAACCCGUCUUCCUGCCUGCCUCCAGCUCGCAGUCGCUCUUUGGGCCGCCGGUCCUGCCCCGAUUCUCCACGCCGCCUGCCCCAUCGGUCCCGGGGCCCUUCCUGCCCUACAUGCAGCCCCCCAACUAUGCUUUACCUCAGGCCGCCGUGCAGAACCGCCUCCGGCCAUUCCUGCCCGGGCAGAGCCUCCCCGUCUCCAACGCCGUCUGGAAGAAAAGCCAAGGGCACUCCUCCAACAGCCGCAUCGUGUGGGAGCACACGCGGGGGCGCUACAACUGCCUCCAGUGCCCUUACUCCACGGCCUCGCGGGAAGAGAUGACCCAGCACACAGAAGACCAUCGCAAAAACCCCUCCCCUCCCGGCCGGCUGGACGGCGAAAUGGAGUUUGGCGUGGCCCUUCCCACGUUCCACCCAAAGCUGACACCAGAUGUGGAAAACACUCUUUUCACCCCGCUGUGAGGUUAUGCCCUUCUGCUCCUUGAAGAGGUGGAAAGGACGGCAAGGGGAAAGGACGGACUCGGAAAUCCAGCAUCCACAAAGGUGCAAACACCCCCCUGCAGGCGCCUCUCUCCUUGCGCCUCCAUCACACUCUUUAAAAAUGCAAGAAGACACAUGGGUGCCAUUCAGGAGAGAAAGGGAGUAGGAAUUUUUUAUUAUUAAUUAUUAUUGUUGUUAUUGAUGCUUAAUUUAAACUAGAAUUAUUUCGGUGCACCUUUCCUUUUUUCUUCUUCUGUUUUUCGAAAGUUUGGGUUGACUUUUGCUUUCAGGCAAAACCUAUUUUCUGCCCUCCUGGGGUGGGGUGGGGGGAAGGCCAUGCUCCGUACAGCGGAUGGUCAGGUUUGCUCAGGUCUUUCUUGGCAGGUUUCUGCUGAUUUCGGGGGAAGGAUAAAAUAAAUGGGGAUUGUACAGAACCCAGGCUCUGGGGUUUUUUAAUUUGUUUACUACUCGGUGGUGCUUCUGGGUUCCCUUUUCAUCUGCCUGAGUCGACCGUGUAGGAUUCAAGAAGGGGAAGGAGCUUUACAAAACCAGCACCAAAUUCUAGGGAUCGGAACACACUUCGGGAAACAGACCCCCCCCCUCUAUCUCGAUGUAACGUUCCAUCAAGAGAUCAUCCUCGCAUCCAUGGCUCGACCAUCCAGCUUUAAAGAGACCAUCCAGGAGGGACCCCCACCCGCAACGCUGCCACCCCCCAGGAAGGCCACCAAGAAGAAUCCCAACUCACAACUUUUCCCAAAAAAAGUGCACUGUUUUAAUAUAAACAACAUAGAUAACA